UAUCAUUAGAUUUUAACUACCUGCAUCUACAAUUUAAAUGAUUUUUGUAAAAAAGAAUAAUAAUUAAAUGAUUAACAUUAAAAAAAUUAAUUAAAAAAAUAAGAGGAAGCUUACAUGGAUUCUUAAUUUAUAUAAAAUUAUGAACGAAAAUUCAAAGAGCAAUAAUUACUCUUCAGUAUGUCAGAAACAGAUGAAAUUUAACAUUAGUUAAGCGAAAGAUAAGCAGAUAGAUCUCGCCAAAGAUAUUUAUUUGAGUAAUAAAGUAAAAAAUUUCAAUAAUCACAUAAUGGUGAUACAGAGAUUUAAGAAAACAGCAUACAAGACGGGACAAGCAAUACUACCCUUGAUCUAAAAUAACAAUUAUCUAUUACCGAAGGUAUUGUAUUUCAAGUACAUCUUAGCCCAGAAUUGAAUAAAAAGCUAAUUACUAAUCAAAAUAUAAAUGAAACUAUUUUUAAUGCAUAAAUUAAAAAUGUCGCUGAAUCAUAGCAAAUUCUUAAUGAAAAUCUAAAUAAUUUAGAUAACACUAUAAUUUGUGAUAAGGAAAUAGAAUAAUAGUAAACAUCUAAUAUUCAUCCAAGUGAUUUAAAAAGCGUUAGCAUAUAAGACCAAUCCAAUAUAUUUAUUUCUUAAAAUGUAACUAGUAAUGCUGAGUAGAUGAGCUAAGUUGCUUAAAAUAACUAUUUGCCUAUUCAAAAGAGGAAAAAUAUAUUUAACAAUGAUGUUUGGCUACAUGAUGAUAUUUUUUAUGAGAAGAACUUUAAAAAAUUAGAAACAAAACAACCAAUAUUAUAAAUAGAGUUUUAAAUAACUCACUUUGUAGAGCAACUAAAAUAAAAUAACACGUUUAAAAUUUUGUGA